AUGACAAAUCAAAACAUCAAUCCCAACGAUGUCAUGAUGUAGAGUAUGAUGAAAAUGUUUCAAUAGCAAAUGAUGUAAAUGAUGUAAACUCAAUCAUCUGGUAUUUGAUUUUUCUUAUGUUCUAGGUUUUGAUUUAGAAAAGUUUUAUCAUAACAAAGUAAAUGAUAUGAAUUAAUUCUAUAAUCAAUUGAAACCUGAAGAAUGUUAAUUACAAUAAUCAUCCUAAUUCAUCCAUAACUAUAAUCCAGCUAAAUAUUAAGAAGUAAGUAUUAGUAUUAAGUAGGAAACUAAUGUAAACACUAAUAGAUAACUUCAUUUUGAAGAUAUUUAAGUAUCUUAAAAUUACAAAAAUGAGUUUCAUGAUUAUACUUUGCCAGAUAAUGAACUCUUCAAUUAAUAUAAAAAUAAAUAAGAUCAAAAAUUAAGAUAAUAAAGAAUCAAUGAAUAGGGAGAUUAAAGAUAAACUAAGUAAUAAAUUCAAAAUUUUGAUUAAUCAGAUAAUGAAGAUAUAUACAAUAAAUAACAAAAAUAACAAUAAAAGAAAACACCCAUUUUUGAUGAUAUGCCAAUUAAAUAAGCUACUUUAGAUGAAUAAAUAAUUAGAUCUAAUUUUAAUAAAAAUAAUUUAUAUUAAUAAGAUGAAUAUGAUUUUAGAUAAUAAUCUAAUCAAUUUGAUGAAAUGCCAAUUAAACCUAUGAAAGGCAAUAAUUUUGAUGAUAUACCUAUUAGAACUAAGAAAUAAGAUGAUUUUAAUAAAUAAUUCUAAUUGGAAGAAACAUAAUGGCAAAAUUAAUAAAAUCAGAAAUAAUUUAAAUAAUUCGAAGAUUAACCUAAUAGGAAAACAAAUUAUUCUAAUCCAUUUGAUGAAGUUCCAAUCCCAUCAUAAAAGUAAAACUAAAAUAAUUUCGAUGAUAUCUUAAUAAAACCUGGAAAGAAAGGUUAUGAAGAUUAAGGCACAAAAACAAAAAAGAACUCUUUUGAUGAAGUUCCUAUUAAACCUACUAAAAAUCAGCCAUUUGAUGAUAUACCUAUUAAGACAUCAAAAGGAGGCUUUGAUGAUAUGCCUAUUAAAACAAAUAAAAAUUCAGCUUUUGACGAAAUGCCAAUUAAAACAAAUAAAAAUCAAACCUUUGAUGACAUUCCAAUUAAAACAUCAAAAGGAGGUUUUGAUGAUAUACCAAUUAAGACAAAUAAAAAUUAAGCCUUUGAUGAUAUACCAAUUAAGACAAAUAAAAAUUCAGCUUUUGAUGAAAUACCUAUUAAAAAUAAUAAAAACUCAGCCUUUGAUGAUAUGCCUAUUAAAAAUAAUAAAAACUCAGCUUUUGAUGAAAUGCUUAUAAAAAAUAAUAAAAACUCAGCCUUUGAUGAUAUGCCUAUUAAAAACAAUAAAAAUUCAGCCUUUGAUGAUAUGCCUUUUAAAAAUAAUAAAAAUCAAGAGUUAGAUGAAAUGCCUCCAAGAAAUAACUUUAAAAAACCUCUUGAAGAGGCUAAUUUUGAUGAUUAAGGUCGUGUUAAGAAGAAACCAUUUUUGAAAAAAGGGACAAGAUAAUUUUUAUCAAAUGCUUAGCAAAGAUCUGAUAUUGCUAAGAAGGAACAUGCUGAGAUAUUAAAAGAGAAUAAUGCUUAAGGGGCUCUUCCUGUAUAAAAUUAGACAAAUUAAACGAAACCUUAAAGAAUGUAAUAAUAAUAAAAGGUUGAAUUUAAGCAAGAAUAAAAAGAAGUAUAAUAAAGAUCAAAAAAAUAAGAAGUAAUAAAGGAAUAACCUAAAUAAUAACCAUUUAAGCAGUAAUAAUAGCAAUAAUAAUAAUAAUAAUAAUAAUAAUAAUAAUAAUAAUAAUAAUAAUAAUAAUAAUAAUAACAAUAAUAAAUAUAAUAAAAACCUUUGAAGCAAAAAGAGGAAUCUGAAAAUCAUUAGGAUUCAUAUUAAGAAUAUUAAUUUGAUGAUAAUGAAGAUUGGAAUGAUGAACCUCCAAAAUAAUCCAAGAUUGCAACUUCUUAUUUUGGGUUAAAAAAAGAAAAAGAUGCAAAAGAUAAAAAAUAAGAGAAACCUUAACCAUAAGAAUCAGAAGAGGAAAUUGUUAGAAAAUAUGUCUAAGAAAAGAUCGAUAAUUUAAAUACUGAAAUUGCUAAAUUUAAAAGUGAAAAUGAAAAAGUAAAGAAAGCUAAAGUGAAAUGUGAAGAUUAAUUGAAAUAAUUAUAAAGAGAGAGGGAAGAGUGGGAAAAAUAAAAAGAAAUAGAAAAACAUGAAUUAGAAGAAUGGAAGGAAGAAGAGAAAAAGAAAAUGUUAAGAGAAAAAAGAGUAUAAGAAAGACAAUAAAAAACUAUUUAAAAUUUACCAAAUAGAAAAGAGAGAGAAGAAAUAGAAUUAUUAAAAUAAUAAGUUCAAAAACUAACAGAAGAAUAAAAAUAAAAAGAUCAAAAGAAUAAGCUAUCCUAUGAUAGAUUAAAGAAAUAAAAUGAAGAGUUAGUAUAAAGAAAUUAAGAAUUGUAGGCUGAGGUAAAAGCAUUAGAACUUAGAAUUCUAGAAUAAAAGAGGCCAAAUUCUUAAGCAACUAUUUAAUAAAGUAAAUCCUAGUAAAUAUAAUUGAAAUCUAAUGUUUCUGGACUUUCUUAAAAGAAAGAAGUUCCUUAAUAAAAGAAUAGAAGAUAAAGCCCUAGUAGUUUUGCAGAGGAAUAAUAAAUAAAACACAAACAAUCGAUAUAGGAAUAUAGGAAAUAAGAUUCAGAUUUAGAAGAUGAAAAUGAUUAUGAUAAUGAUGAAGAAUAAUAAAAUGAAGACCUAAGUGAUGAUAGUUAAGAAGAUAAUGAUAAUAGAAGAGAAUAAUAAAAAAGAAACCUCUAAUAAUAAAAUUGUAAAAAAUAUGAUUUAGUUCAAAUGUAGGAUGAAGGUAUCCCAUUUACAAUAAAAAAUAUUAAUAGUUUGAUUUCUGAAUAGGAAUUUAACUAUGAUCAAAAUCGUUUUUAUUAGGUUUAUAAAAAGAAUAAAGAUGUUCCUUCAAAAAUUAUUAAUUAAAAUGUUGGACCUGAUGGUAAAAUAUCUAGACAAUAUUCUAAUGGUAAAAAAGAGGUAGUUUUUCAUAAUGGAGUUAAAAGGGAAGUACUUCCUGAUGGAUAUGUUAUUGUUCACUUCACUAAUAAAGAUGUUAAAUAAACUUUACCUAAUGGAACAGUAAUAUAUUAUUUUGCUGAUGCAAGUACAACUCAAAUUACAAUUGCAAAUGGACCAAAUGUAUUAUAUUUAAAAUAGAUUUUUAGAUUUAUCGUUUUUCUAAUUAAUAGAUCGAGAUACAUUUUAAUGAUGGAACAAAGGAAAUUCGAUUUGGAGAUGGAACUGAAAAAUACAUAAAUGCUAGUGGUGAAGAGUAGACUUUUUUCAGUGAUGGGAUAAUAUAAAAAAUUAAUAGUUAAAAAGUAAAGUAAAUUGAAUAUCCAAAUGGAAAUGUAGAUAUAGUUUAUCCUGAUGGUCAGAUAUAGAGAUAAUUUAAGAAUUGAUU